UUAUUUCCGAACAUCUGUAAAUAGGGUAAUAAUGGAGGAAAACUGCUGAAUACUCCAGAAAUUAUAUUUAUCUUUGUGAAAAUUUUCAUAUCUCUGUCUACGAAUGACUGAUGGAACUUCCAAUGUUCAUACCAAAACUUGUUUGUACAGAGCAUCGACUUUAAUCAGUUUAGUGUUGUGAAACGUACAUGGAACUUGUGUCAUAAUGUAGACGAAAUAGACAUAUUGGGACCACUUCUUCGUGGAAUGACAUGAAGUCACAAACAUUAUCUCUAAAUUCCUAAGUCUGUAUAUUGGAAACAGUCAUAAAAUUUAUUGAAAUCACAAUGGACCACACAAGGAACAGUAUGGAGAUCAAAAAAGAGCAGGCUCGGAGAGAAAGGGAAAACCAGGCCCGCAAAUUUAUGGAAGGACAGAGGAAGAAUGAUAUUGUCGCUAACACUUGUCUCUUCUCUGAGCCAGUGAAAAAGAAAAAUAUAGAUCCAAUAGCCCAGAGAAUUCAAGCAACCUUAGGAAAAUGUAACAUGGAGAAUUACAGAGAUGCUAUAGGCAUUACCCAGCAGCCUGCAACACCUUUACCAGAUAAAAAGAGGAUGUCAUUCCCAGAUAGAAAACUAGAUUCUAGAACUAGUAAUUCUAAAGAGACAGAAGGAGCCAAAAGAUCACUGGAAGAUAGAAAUACCCCUAAAAAUGUUCCUGCAAAAUCAUAUACUUAUCAGAGUUAUCUUGACAAACAGCGCAGUGCUUCAUCUCGUGAUCCAGGCUCCUCAUCAGACAAGAAGCCACACCUACCAUCCUCAGCGUCCAAUGGUCUGAAAGCAGAUCAGCACAAAUCUCAUCAUCCCAUAAAAAAGGAAUACAGGUCACCAAGCCCAAUAAAAAAGGGACAGAACACCCCCACAAAGAAUGGACCAGUUAAUGGGAGAGGGGGUGAGGAGAAAGGGGAGGGGAGUAGUAAGAACAAAUACCACUCUAUGAAUGGCAUUCCUGCUCCAUUGAAGCCAAAUAAACAACAUAAUCUUCCACCACUUCGAAUCAACAAGGAGGUGGACAGUGUUGAAGAUAUUUUAAAGGAGAUGACUCAAAUGCAUCAACCGCACACUGCCAUUCAAACCCCUCGCAAGGAAGAGAAGUUCCCAUUUCCAACUAGUUCCCCCACCAGCAAGAGUGCAAGCAAAACAGGUGAACUCAAAAUCCAAAGAAAUGGUAUUACAGAUGGAUCUAAGAAUUCUCCUAGUGCAAAUCCAUCAAAUUUCAGAGGUUCAGAAAGAGAGCAGGCAGUUGAUAUAACUGUGAGAGCAUCAAAUACAACCGAUUCUAAACAACCUUCAGUCUCCAUUAGUGGACCAGGCACCAAUGCUCCAACAAAAGAACAGAGGAUGAACUCUGGAGAUUCAAGUAGUUCAUCAGAGGAUGAGGAUGAUAGUAAUGAAUCUGACAGUGAAAGUCAGUCUUCAGAGGAGGAGGAUAAAAGUGAUGAUAAUGAAGAUGAUGAUGAUGACGAAGAGGAGGAGGAGGAAGAAAAAGUAACUCCUGCCAAAAUAAAUUCCUCACUGUCAGAUAAAGGACUUGAUACAUCUAAAAGUUCCACGUGUUCCACUUGGGCAUUAAGUAACUUCAUCAAAACAAAUGUGGAAUCUCCCAUUUCUCAGCUUCCAAGUUCCAAUGACAAUUCCAAAUUGUCAGACAAACCAAAUACAACAGCAUCAGAAAAAGACAAUGAACAGGUGAUAAAUGACCUGUUGGCUCGUAUAGAUGACCAUACAGGUGGGCAUGACUGGUCACCAGUGUUCCAGACAAAACAGAAAGUUACUCAACAGAAAUCACCGUUUAGCAGUUUUAGUGCACAUCAGUCACCUCCAUCUAAAAUCAGCAAUCAUACUUCAUCAAGUGAAAAACUCAAGACUUCCACACCUGAUUCUAAGAGUCGAGUGCGGAGGAAAAGACUCAGUGAGCCAGUUUUAUCUUCUGAUGAAUCGCAAAGUGAAAAUGAGGAGGUAGAUGUGGAAUCUGUGACUCCUGGGAAAGAAAUUAUUCCCGAAAUACUGAGGAAAAGUGUUGAAUCUGUGUCAGAAGUGACGAAAAAGUUAGAUUUUGACAAAGGGACAGGUGGGUCUGUAAAUCGAGUGAUUCCAAACAAUUUUACUGAAAAGAAAGUGAAGACCAAAGAUAGGAGAGACCAAACAAAGUCAAGCAAUAGAAGACAAAGCAAAGAGAAUAAGGAAAAUAAUGACAAGAAAAACCACAGCUUUGAUGAUAUUAAGAAUAUUAUAGAGCAAAUCACUGUCAAUCCUCCCUUGUCACCUAUUCCUAAUGUUCCAGAAAAUUCAAAUCCCAAACCUUCAAUUCCAGGUUUAACUUACAAUAGUAAUGGUAAACCCAGCAUUAUUGUUCAUCUUAACCUGUCUUUAGCAAAACCAAGUGUCAAAUGCAAUACUUCCCCAAGUACAGUGUGUUCAGAAUAUAAGGAGAAAGAGUUGUGUUCAGAUAUCAAACAUGAGGAGAAUGCCAGCGAUAGUGAUAUGGAUAUAGAUGACGAUAUUGUAGACUCCAAAGUUCUCAUCGAAUGCCCUAAACCAGUAUCCCCACAACAUAAUACCAUACCAGUGCCAUUUUCAUCGCAUUACUCGCCUCUGACAAUGAAUGGUGAUAUUACCAGUGCAAAACGCAAAUCAGACUUGGACUUCAUUGAGAAUGAUAAAAAACGUGCUAGAAGUGAUAAAAGAAGUAGCAAAAGAAACAGUUUAGGAAGUUCUCGAGAGAGAAUAAGUCACACCAAUGACCAUGAAUGGGACAUGAAACACCCACAGAGGUCAGAGGGCAAAGAGCGAAGAAGCAGUUCAAGUAGUAAUUCUAGUCAGUUCAGUAGCACCAGUAAACAGUCAAAGAAAACCAAAAACCAGAGCACAGAACCAGACAUGACAGGCCACCAGUUGGAUGACAAGGAGGAAUUGGAGGUUCCAGGAAAUGGUCCGGAGAACAGUGGUCAGUAUCCUUCUUCAGUGGAAAUGACCAGUUACUCUCGAGGGGGAGAGGGAGAUGUAGCCCAUGUACCUAGUCCCCAGACCCGCAAGUCAGCUAAAACCAUGGAUGACUGGUGUAAUCUUUCACCAGAUACCUACCUCCGUCUUGCUAAAGAACUCAAGCAUCAGGCAGACAACAUGAAUAGCUCAAGUGAUAAGCUGCAAAGAGCCAUGAAAUACCUAGAGUCAUUUAUAGCAUUUAUUCAGUGUGGGUAUGCCAUGGAACGUACCAACGUGGAACAGGUCAAGAUUUUCAACAUGUACAGGGACACAAACAAGCUAGUCUCACAUAUAAGCCGCUUGAGAGGAAGCCAUGAGUCAAACAAUAACUUGUCCACCAAGGAGAAAAUCAUAUCCGUAUUGAGUUUGAGAAUCCAGUCAUUGUUGAAUCUGAAAUUGUACAAGCUGAAAAAGAAUGAUACUUUGAAGCUUAAAAGAGCAAUUGAGGAUUACAACAAGACUGCAGCAAGCAAGCCACCACCUCAAGGCCUUCCCAUAAGUCAUGCCCCCUCACCUCAUCAGAACAGCUGGAGCAACCGCUCUAACAGAACCCCCUCCCCUAUGUCCCCUACCCCUUCCCCAGCUGGCAGCACAGGGUCACUGGAAUCCAGGGGCAGUAGUACUGAUCUCACACCCUCUAAACUUCCCAAUGGAAAUGUCCAUAUGUCCCCGGCCACCAUUGCAUACCCACAGCGCAUACAUUCCAUCACACAACAAUACAUCACAUCCACUGGGUACCUUGUACAGUCUCAUGACCUCUGGGAUCAAGCUGACAUUAUCAUGCAGGAAGUCAAAGGGUUCUUUGAUGAUUUAGAAGAAAACUCAGAAACACUGACUAUACAAAGCAGUAUGCAAGACUUAAUCACUUAUCUUCAGAAAGUUGUAGAAAAGUUAAAAGACACUUAACAAAAAUACAUGAAGGAAGCAAGUUUUAUAUAGACUGGUGCUCACCUGUGGUUGUCAACAUUCUUGAUGGGUGUUCAGCAAUUCUCAGUGUUCUCUAUAAGGGGCCAGCCACAGGGUGGAGGGAAGGAGUGACAUAAUAUUUGGUGCUCAAAGGUGAAAGGGUCAAAAGUGGAUUUGAAUUCAUCCAAGUGAAGGCAGCUAUAACAUGACAAAAUAUAUAUCACAAUUGUGCUUUCAAUCAAUUUGCGAAUAGUCGCCUUUCUCCAAAUGUGAUACAGAAAAUACGAAGGAGUUUCAAAUCUUAACUAGUGCAAAUAAGUUGUGUGUGACAACACCUAAAACUUUAUAGCAUAAAUGGUAGAUUAUGUAGUACUUUGACAUUUGACAGAGGCAAUUUACAACAAGUAUAUGUUCAUCUAAGCAUUUCCACUUUUUUGGUCUUCCAAGGAAGUUUCUACUAUAAGGAUAGAGCUAAACGC